AUUUGUGACAUACUUUUAAAACCAUUGCUUUCUCCUAUAUCAAAUUCUCUUUUAGCUUGAUGAACAACUUCAGCCAAAGACCUAUCAAGCUUUAAAAAAAAAAAUUUAGAAACUUGAGCUUGAUGAAAUGUCCUACUGGUUAGGUUAUUUUUCAUAAGUUACCAAAUCCCUGGGGAUUUUGUUGCAAUGGAGGAGUACCAGUGGCACUGAGCAUACUUAGUGCACUGACACUGACUCAAGUGAAGAUGUAGAGUUGUACACACAUGGCAAUUCCCUAGGAAGCUUGUGUGAUUGAGCCAAUGGUCUUGCUUUCAAAUGGCCACAUCUCCAAUGUGGAUCCACGGCAUCAGUACGCAUCGCUCAUCUCCAAAUGCAUCAGAACCAAAAAUCUGAAACUGGGCAUGCUUUUGCACUCGCACUUCAUCAAAACAGCCCUCACCUUCGACCUCUUCCAUGGCAACAGUCUCCUAGACAUGUACUCCAAAUGUGAUUCAGUGGAAAGUGCCCAAAAGGCAUUUAAUGAUCUUCCCUCUCAGAACAGCCGCUCAUGGAACACCCUCAUCUACGCGUACUGUCGAAUUGGUAUUUUUUCCGAAGCCUACCACCUGCUUGAUAAAAUGCCCAAACCAAACCUUGUUAGUUAUAAUUCUUUGAUUUCCGGCUUAACCCAUCAUGGGUUUUAUAGAGAUUCUAUUAGCCUCUUCCAAAAGAUGCAAGAACAGUAUAAUCAUCUGUUCAUGGACGAGUACACUGUGGUUAGUAUUUUGGGUACUUGUGCUUGUUUGGGUUUACUAGAAUUGUUGCGUCAGGUUCAUGGUAUGGUGGUCCUGAUUGGUUUGGAGAUGAAUAUUAUAGUUUACAAUGCUUUAGUUGAUGCUUACGGAAAAUGUGGUGAGCCGGACACGUCAUAUGCUGUUUUUAGACAAAUGAUUGAAAGAGAUAUUGUGUCCUGGACUUCCUUGCUUGUAUCUUACAUUCAGGCUUCUAGGCUGGAAGAUGCUCGUCAAAUAUUUAAUCAAAUGCCAGCCAAGAAUAUGGUUUCUUGGACUAGUUUAAUUGCAGGGUUUGUACAAAAUGGGCAUGCAGAGGAAGCUUUGGAUCUUUUUGAGAAAAUGCAGGAAGAGAGGAUCCUGCCUAGCGCUUUCACAUUUGUUAGUGUUCUAAGUGCUUGUGCGGACCUAGCACUUGCUGAGAAAGGGAAGCAAAUUCAUGCACGCAUUAUUAGAAAUAGCAGCAAGAGUUAUCUGCAUAAUGUGUUUCUGUUUAAUGCUCUAAUUGAUAUGUAUUGCAAGUGUGGAGACAUGAAAUAUGCUAAAACAGUGUUUGAGAACAUGCCUGAGAAAGAUAUUGUCUCUUGGAACUCAUUAAUAACUGGGUUUGCUCAGAAUGGUCUUGGGAAGGAAUCUUUUGUUGUUUAUAAGAGGAUGAUAGAGGCACACACAAAACCCAAUCAGGUCACGUUUCUCGGGAUACUAUCAGCUUGCAGUCACGCUGGACUAGUUUCUGAAGGACUCCGGAUUCUUAACUUAAUGGAAAAGAAUUAUGGUGUAAACCCAAGAUCAGAUCAUUAUGCAAUCUUGAUUGAUUUACUUGGACGGAAAAAUAGACUUAUGGAAGCAAUGGAGUUGAUUGAGAGAGCUCCUAAUGGAUCCAGUCACAUUGGGAUGUGGGGUGCACUUUUAGGAGCUUGUCGGGUCCAUGAGAAUAUGGAUCUUGCUAGGAGAGCGGCAGAAGCUCUGUUUGAACUGGAACCUGAAAAUGCUGCAAGAUAUGUGAUGCUAUCAAAUGUUUAUGCUGCAACCAAUAGGUGGGAUGAUGCCCGACAAAUUUUGAGGCUGAUGGAUGACAAGGGUUUGGGGAAAGAAGCAGCUUAUAGUUGGAUUGAGCUGAAGAACACAAGAUAUGAAUUUGUAGCUAACAACAAGUUACUUUGUCAGAUAGAAGGAGUAUAUGAAGUUAUUCAUAGUCUAUUUGAUCAGAUGAUAGAAGCUGGAUAUCUAUCUCAUGGUGACAGAUCUCUCCUGUCUGAAAACGAUGGAGCAUCUUGACUUCAUGAAGUCAGUUUGGUUCUAGUGACACAAGCCUGAAUAGAAGUUGCUCAACAAUUCUAUGGAAAGGAAAGAGAUAUCACAGCUGGCCAGCUUAAUGAUUUGUUUCCUUAAAUCCAUCUUAUCUUGAGCAACUGUGCAAAUAUCCUGUAUAAAACUCAAUGGAAAUUCAGUCUUCAUGUUGGUGUUGAUAUUUUAAAUAACGUUUGUUUCAUAAAAAAUAGGCAGACUCCUACAGAAGAUUGUUCUCCAUUGUCAACCCUGCCCUUGUUUCAGCAGUGGGAUGUGCAUAUAUAUAUAUAUAUAUAUAUUUGUUUAUCACAA